CCGACAUCGGCCGUGGCCUUCGAUGGGUUCAGCGGCUGCGCAACCCUUUUGAUGGAGGUGCGCCGCAACGACGCGCAGCCACGACAGCGAUGGGAGUCGGACUUCACGGCGAGAUUUCAUCAUGUACCAAGCGGACUUUGUGGCAGCAUGGUCUAAAGUUAUUUGAGACCAUGCUUGAAGCAGACCUUCGAGUUUCCAUUUUCAGCUACAGUGCAGCCAUUGGUGCCUGCUGUCAAGGGCGGGAGUUAUGGCAAGGAGAAUUGGUGUUGUUUGAGGCCAUGGUUGCUGUCAAAGUUCAACGAGAUGUCGUCAGCUACAACACUGCUAUCAGUGCUUUUGUGAAGGGCGGGCAAUGGCAGCAAGCCUUGAGGUUAUAUGGAUCUAUGCCAGAGGCAGACCUUCAAAGAAGCGUGGUAAGCUUUAGUACAGCGAUUAGUGCCUGCGAAAAGGGCAGCCAAUGGCAAGGAGCAUUGAUGUGUCAGGUGGCACUUCAGGUAAACAUCAAACCAAAUGUUUUUAGCUACAGCGCCGCGAUCAGUGCCUGCGAAAAAGGCCACAAAUGGUUGCAAGCCUUGGUAGUGUUUGAUGCCGUGGGCAACGCUAAGGUAUUGCCAAAUGUGGUUACCUACAAUGCUCUCAUGAGCGCCUGUGGAAAGGGCGGACAAUGGAAACAUGCCUUGCAGCUGUUUCAAGUCAUGUCGACCAACAGUAUUGAAGCAAGUACAAAUAGCUACAAUGCAGCAAUCAGUGCCUGUGCAAAUCAAGGGCAAUGGCAGGAAGCAUUUGAAUUCUUUGCGAGCAUGGCAAAGGCAAAGGUUGAGCCAACAGUCAUUGGCUUCUCUGCUGCUAUCAAUGCUUGUGAGAAACAUGGGGAAUGGCCACAAGCCCUGAGGUUGUUGUGUUUAAUGAGAGAGUCGAGCCUUCAGCCCGAAGUCAUCAGCUACAGUGCUGCCAUCAGUGCCUGUGAGAAGGGCGGGCAAUGGCAGCAAGCUUUGACAUUGUUUGGUACGAUGGCUGAAGCAAAAGUUUUGCCCAAUGUAUUCAGCUACAACAGCGCCAUCAGUGCUUGUGAGAAGGACGGAGAAUGGCAGAACGCACUGGCUUUGUUUGAGACGAUGUCCAAAGCCAAAGUUCCACCGGAUGUCAUCAGCUACAGCGCAGCUAUCAGUGCCUGCGCGAAGGGAAGGCAGUGGCAAAUAGGAUUGGCACUGUUUGGGGCCAUGCACAUUGUAGAGGUCCCUCCCAAUGUGAUUACCUACAAUGCUGCCAUUAGUGCCUUUGAGAAGGGCGGGCAAUACCAGCAAUCAUUGAAGCUACUUGGGGCCAUGCCCAAAGCAAAAGUUUUGCCCACUGUCGUCAGUUAUAGUGCAAGCAUCAGUGCCUGUGAAAACAGCGGAGAAUGGCAGCAAGCUUUGAAGCUGUUGGAAGACAUGCGUUUGGCAGAAAUCCCGCCAAAUGUGAUGAGCUACAGUGCGGCUGCCAGUGCCUGUGAGAAGAGCGGGCACUGGGAGAAAUCAUUGGCAGUAUUGGAGGCCAUGCCAAAGGCCCAAGUGGCUCCAAGCAUCAUCAGUUACAGCGUGGCAAUGAGUUCCUGUCAAAGGGGGACACAAUGGCCACAGGCGUUGCACUUCUUUUGCACCUUGCUUUCCGAAAAGCUUCAGCCGAGUGUGAUUUGCCACACUGCGGCCAUUCAUGCUUGUGGGAGGGAUGGGCAUUGGCAGCAAGCGUUGGCUAUCUUUGCUUUGAUGGCCCCCUUGGCCUUGUCGCCCAACGUUUGUAGCUACAAUGCACUGAUUGAUUCUUGUGGGAAAGCCACGCAGUGGCAACAGGUCUUGGCAAUCUUCGAGCAGAUGAGACACUUGGAUGUGUUGCCCAAUGUCAUUAGCCUUGAUGGUGCCAUCAGGGCAUGUGAGACUGGUGGGCAAUACCGACUAGUGCAGUUCUAUGAACAUAUGCUCCAAGGCCUUGCUCCGCUUGAAAUCGCAGCGUCAAACUCGGAGCUGGAACUGCGCCGUGACAGCUGGGGGCACCAGCACAUCAGUUUGAGGUGACAUCAGUCCGUGUCUGGGAAAAGACGACCCUCGCGCUUUUCAGAUCCUUUUCUGCCAGAAGUAUUGUAUACUUGGCUUCAGACAGUUGACAUCGCAUGCGUCCUAGGAGUCCUAGGAGUCCAAAGGUUCGGAAAGGCAUGUGGAGCGGUGUUCGAUUGGCCGGGCCACCGCCUCUAUGUUCGGGCCUGCACCUUUUUUCGGCGGAAAGACUCAACUCUUUGACGGUGGACACUGGGGCGGCCUGGGUGCUGGUUUGGCAAAGACCCCUCAGAGGAUUUCUCACCAGACACUGUGAAGUGUAGGAGUAUAUCAAGAGGUACUGUAUGGACCAGUAUGGACGGUCUGAAGAGUUCUAUGCGGUCUGUAAAACAAAGGGC